AUGGCGAUUAUACUUGUGGUGGCUAAGACAAUAGGUGGUGAUGGCGAUGGCGGUGGGACUGGCGAUAGUGGUAAUGAUAACAACAACAAUUGUAAGGGGUAUGGUGGUGGUGCCAAUGGUGGCUUGUGGUGGUUGGGUUGCAAAGGUUACAAUGGUGGUAAAGGCGGUGGCAGCAACAUUGGUGGUUGUGGUGGCAGUGGUAGCAAUAAAGACAAUGAUGGUUGUUGUAAUGGUAGUUGUGAUUACGGUGCUAGUGGUGAUAGUUGUGGUUUUGGUAGUGGUAGUAGUGACGGUGAUGGUGGUGGUGGUGAUAACAAUGGUUGUGGCGACAAUGGUGGUGGGAAUGGCGACGGUGAUGUAAGGUUAGUGAUUGUAGUUAUAGGUGAUCACUUGGUUCUUUUGGAGUAA